UCAAACAGUCGACGCCUGUUUGGGACUUCACACAAUAUUUCCGAAAUUCGUACAGAAUAGAACACAAUCUAUAUACGAAGCAAAUGAGAAUAUAGUAAGAAUUUUACAAAAAAAAAUUAACUCUAACAAAAUUAUUGUUUUAACAUUCAAUGUUUGACAUGGAUCAGUUCAAUGUGCCCAAGAAGGUCAACCGACACGUCUUUAAAGCCGUCUCCGUAUUGCAGACUUCGCGGUCGGGCUUCGUGUCUGCCGAGCUGAUCAACCAGCACGUUAAACGCCAAUUGCGCCGCAGCAAGAAUAUGCCCAAUUUGGAUGGCAUCAUACAUCAGUCGCUGGCUAAUCUGACUAAUCUUGGCGUGCUGGCCUGUACUGGCUCCUCGGAUUAUGCCAUACGGCACACCAUCAAGUGCUCCACCGAUGAAUAUUCUCUGGUAUCGAUUCCCAUGUCCAAGGUAGAUACCUCGGCAGCAGCAUCUCGCAAGCGAAGCCCAUGUUCCAAUCCGGUGCGAGUGAUUAGCGCCGAUUCAGCGGGUAAUGUUAGGCUAAGUAAACGGGUACCGCGCAACAGGAAAGGUUCGGUCAAAACCGUUAAACGUGGUCCUGCAUCGAGGACAAAGCGAGUACGUGCUCCGUCUCUGCGCCAAAAAAGGAGUAGCCAACGUCGGCCGUCGAUAAUGUGCAUUGCUUGCCGCUCGGCCCUAAUGGAUUUGGUCAAAAUAUGUCAAAUGAUUAAUCAGUGCAGUAGCAUGGACGCACACGUAACUCCAAGGACAAGCGGAACACAUAUGGUAGCUGAAAACGAAGCUGACUUGCACCGUGAAUCCGCUAUACCCAUGGCCAUGGAAAUAGAGCCUGAUGUAGUUCCCCAGGAUUCGCCUAUGUACGCACCAAGCUAUGAUAAUUCUCAAGGUUAUCACGCCAAUCAUUCUGCUUAAGAUGCUCUGGCUUUAAUUUAAUUUAUAUAAGCUUUGAGAAAAAAAAUUCAAAAUAUCCCUAAAAAUGUUUGUAUUCAAAUAAAAUUUACUACACAUCAA